CUCAGUGAGCAAAUCCAAACGCCACUUAGUCAAUGUUACUGACAGAAGGCAACAUUGAGAAAGAUUCCGAGUCGAGAGUGUCUUCCUAACCAUAGAAUAUUCUUUUACGCCUUCCAUAUAUCCAGACCCUAAAUGUGUCGAUCAUACCUGUCGUUCUGCCGAAGCGGAAAACGCAUCUGUUUCGUUGCACGCCGUUAGUCGUAAUGUUUCUCUUGUUUGACGGAAGAGAAGAAGUCCGGAUUUCGCAUGCAGGCACAGAAAUUCAAUUGUUUUUGGACCAUCCUCGCUCGCAAUAAUGAUCCUUGGCUUGCGCUCAUCCAGCCCUGGACCCUGAUAAGCACGAAUUAAGGACAUAUGACAAACUCUGUUUUCGUUUCAUCCUUUGCAAGCGGCCAGCGCUUAUGCCAUGUAAGGACUUGAAGGGAGACUGAGCCCGAGCAUAAAAAGACGACAGAAAGCUCGGAUGUCCCCUGAGGCUUGAGACUGUUUCAGUUAGUCUACCAUUUCGCGUCGCGUCUGACGCCCUCCCCUUGCCUAUGGCCGCCACGUUUAGAGCCCUUAAGCUCUUCCUACUAACGCCCGCGCUGCUCAAUGCAGUCGUAGGUGUUGCAAGCUCGUCCGUUCUGUCCCGAGCACCGAGUUUUAAUUCAGUCUGUGACGACAUCGCAGGCGCGGUUUCGAACGCAUCGGAUGUCUCAUAUCCUCCGGAGCUUUCGUACACCUCUGGAAUAUCUCACUGGGCAUCAUCGAGCUCCCAAUUUUCAGCAUGCUCCGUCGAGCCCGGAAGUGCGGAAGAUGUCGGAAAAAUUUUGCAAAUUGUUGCCAAGAAUAGAACUCCCUUCGCCGUGAAAGGCGGCGGACAUACCGCUAAUCCGGGAUUCUCUUCUACCGAGGGUGUGCAUAUCACGAUGAAACGCUUCAACAGUGUCGUGUAUAAUGCAGAUUCCGGAACAGCGGAUGUCGGUGCCGGACUCUUGUGGGACGACGUCUAUGGAGCACUAGAGCAGCAUGGCGUCAGCGUGCUUGGUGGACGGGUAUCCGGCGUUGGAGUUGCCGGUUUCACGUUAGGCGGAGGUUACUCGUGGAAGUCGAACCAAUUUGGAUUGACAAUUGACAGUGUACAAGGCUACGAGCUCGUCCUACCUAACGGAACUGUCACUACAGUUACUUCCGACGACGACGAUCUCUUCUUUGGACUUAAGGUUGGCUUCAAUAACUUCGGUAUUGUCACCAAGUUUACCUUCAAGACCUACCCCCAAACCCAAGUAUGGGGCGGGCUCAUGGUGUUCACUGGCGAUCAAUUCAACAGAUUGUCGGCCGCUGUGUCAAAGUUCGCGGAAACUGUUACCGACCCCAAGGCUGCGCUGAUCGCAGAGUUCAAUGCACUUGCAGGCCUUCCUGGUGCUACGUUGAACUUGUUCUAUGAUGCUCCCGACCAGCCCGAUGGUAUUUUCGACGAUUUUCUCAAUACGCCUCACGUAUCGAAGGAUGUCUCUACUCGGUCACUUUUGUCUCUGGUUCAAGCUACUCCGUCGGACGCGACCUCUGGCCAACGUGGAGCCUUCCAUACAGUCUCCGUACAGAACUAUACUUCAUCACUACUGGACGUGAUCUUGGAUCAGGUUAAGUCUGUAGGAGCAAACAUAACCUCGGUCCUCUCAAGUGGAACGUUCAUCUCCUAUGACGUCGAGCCUUUCCUCCCCUCUCUUUUCACUCACGGAUCCCCCUCAGCCUAUCCACCCUCCCGCUCCUCCGCACUCUACCCUCUCAACCUCUACUACGCUUGGGACUUCCCCACCUCCGACUCCUACUUCCACACCGCCAUCCAACAAAGUGCGCAAGUCAUCGAAGCCGCAGCUGUCGCCGAAGGCCAGAAUGUUGGUGAUGCAGCUCUGUACGGUAAUUACGCUGUUGCGGGAACACCGUUGGAAAGGAUUUACGGAGACAACUUGCCUCGGUUGGAGCAGAUUAAAGCAAGCGUUGAUCCGGAGGACGUUAUGAGCCUUGCAGGAGGAUGGAAGUUUUCUGCUUCUUGAACUUCCUAAGCUUCCUAGAAAGAAGUAUGCAUAAAUGAGUUAGAUACUUUCCUGGAGGAUUAUGAUUUGGAAGGGAUCGGACAUAUCCACGGUCAUUUAUUUUGCGUCUUGUCACUCUUUUUGUGUAUAUCACAUGCUUAAUGUUAAUCUGAAGGGACAUUUGUUC